UGAUGCUCAUUAUGAAUGCUGCCAUUGCUCAAAAGGUCUUUAUUAUUACAGAUAACAGUGAUUACAGAUUUAUAUCUUUGACCUCGCCUUCUUACUUCUGCAGUGUAAUUUCCACUUCGCACAAAGAGUACGUCCACUUCCUGUUCUUGUCAUCAUAUGACUGCUGUAAAGCCAGAUAUGUGGCUUUUGGUCUCUGCAUUGAAUGCAUUUAGCACAUGGCUGUAUUUCCAUCAAUGUCAGCAGGCACAUAUAAUUCUGACCUAAUAUUAGUGAUUGGUGGAUUAAUCCGUGGGUACACACAUAUGAUUCAUGGCUCUGGGACUUCCUCAGAUCAUUAACAAGAAUAUGCUGAUUGCCUCAGAGAGGACUGCCAAUGAUUUGCACAGUCCUGAAGGGUUUGCUAUUGGCAGAUUUUUUCCCUUUUUCACAAGCACCGGCCGAUUUAAGAACACAAAUCUGAUGACUGGGAAUUAUUACAGAACUUGAGAAUUUCUCGAAAAUGCCCAGCUCGCUCACAUCGGCGCUGCUUAUGUGCUGUAUCCGGGAUGACCUCAAGUGUUCUGGGAAAACAAGUCCACACCACAGGUGCUAGUUUCCCACACUGCUUUGCCGGCCAGACCGACAAACUGAACGCAGGCGUAUCUACGUAUGUCCACAGCUGUUGCGUAACCAGCCGCUUACUUUGCAUGUGAACUAUAAAAUGGGAGCGGCACGUAUGUAGGAGACAUUUGAGGCUUGGAGCUGGAUGGAGUUCAGGAUGGAUAAAGGCUGCUGGAAACACACCCUGACCCUGCUGGUGGUCUUGGUCGGCGCGUGUGCAGAAGCAUCAUUGUCCUGGCACAUGGAUGACUUCAUCAAGGCGGUGAAGCAGGUGGAAGACGGGGACCCUGGGUCAGAGCCAGUGGCUGUGCUGAAGAGGCUGCGCAGGGCAGCUGGCCUUAAUGAUGCAUUCAUUCAGCACUUCCUCAGUGAUGCUGACUCCGGGGGUCCUGGAAUGGAUGCUGGCCUCUCAGCUUACAUUAGAAAGGCUGUGCAGCACACGGUGACUGAAGAUGCCCGAGAGGAAGGCGUGGUCCUGACGUCUGACGGCACCACUGUUGCCCUGGCACCGCUCCUCCUGGGCAUCGAGGCUGGACUCCUCUCCAGGCCUGAGAGGCGUGGUGUUCGGGGUCUGUACCAGCUCACUCUCACCAAAGACCUGGCCCUUCCUUCCAGUCCCAGCUCUCCUCUCACAAAGUUUCUAGGACCUGACGGCUGCUGGGACAACGUGACCUCUCCUCAGGUCUUCACCCUAUUGGACAGCCCCUCUCUGCUCACCAGUGCUCAGCUGAACGGAGGCAUGGACGGCGUGGUUCUCGGGAUGGAUGCCAGAUCCAGACGUCCCCUCAAGCUGAGCAGUCUGCUGAUGGAGUACUACUGCCACCAGCUGGACAGCAGAGGGCUGGACGCCGCCCCGCGCCUCAUCAGCCGACGCCGCAGGGAGAACUUCAGAGGGCUGGUGAGCCCUCCAGUGCUGACCAGGCAGGUGGUGAAAUCAGCUGAGCUGCAGCGGAGGCUGACGGGCCGCUCAAAGAUGGACGUGAAGCAGAGGAAGGAGCUGGUGGCUGUGGUGAAAGAGGGAAUGAAAGAGUUUGUCCAUAAGUACAUAGACUGUCCGCCCAUCAUCCCUCGCUGUAUGUGGGGUGCAAAGCCGUACAGAGGGACCCCCACCAACCUUUCCCUCCCUCUCUCCUUCUUGUACAUCCACCACACUGUCACGCCGAGCCAGCCCUGUCUGACCCACGAGCAGUGCUCUGCAGACAUGCGCUCCAUGCAGCGCUUCCACCAGGAAGACAGAGGCUGGGACGACAUAGGAUACAGCUUCGUCGCAGGCUCUGACGGGUACAUCUACGAGGGCCGAGGUUGGCGAUGGCAGGGAGCCCACACCCUCGGACACAACUCCAUAGGCUACGGUGUCUCCUUCAUUGGAAACUACAUGGCCAGUCUGCCCUCCCAGCAUUCCAUGGGGCUGGUGAGGGAUCAGCUGGCAUCCUGCGCUGUCGGCGGAGGGCGACUGAUUGCCAACUACAAGGUGCAGGGGCACAGACAGGUGGUGAACACUCUCUGUCCUGGAGAUGCUUUCUAUAAUGAGAUCAAAGGCUGGGAUCACUUCUGGACAGGAGAUCCAGUAUAGAAAUCACCCUGGUUGACAAGAGGAAGAGCUGGAUAAACCAAAAUAACACAAUAAAUAUUCGUCUUAUUCUUGUCAUCUGAU